AGCGGAUCACGAAAUUUGCACACGGUUUCUCUGAGAAAAACUAAAUAAAACGUUAAAUUAGACAAUUUCAGCUGAAAACAUGCAGGGUGAGGCACCUCUUCUUACCCCAAAACAACAAAAGAAAAGUAUCUCAUCCAAGUCAAAGAGAACAGUACUGAAGCAGUCGCUACUCAAUCCAUAUAAACUUGUCUGGCCUUCGCCUGAACCAGAUGACCAUGAUGCAAUCCUUGGAACAAUAUCUAAAGUUCUUAAAGAGAUAAUGGAUGUGAUUGGAGAAGAUAUCAAAACGAAAAGAAAGAGACCUUGGGUGAAGACAGCCACUGUGAUAGAGGACACACCAGAAGUGCGCAAACACAAAAACAUUAGAAGUCAACUGGUCUGUGGCUUAAAUGAAGUGAUUAAGAAGUUAGAGAGGGACAACCUAAGAUGCUUUGUUGUGUGUCGGUCAGCUGUUUCUCUUCUUCCGACCAAGCCCCUUCUCCUACUGUCGGCUACGAGGAACUGCCCCGGCGUCUGCUUGAAUGAUUUCAGCCAAGAGAUUGGGAAGUUAUUCAGCAUUGGUUCAUUGAUGGCAUUUGGGAUAAAGAAGCCAAGCAAAGAAGAUGUCCAGGUGCCAGAGUUAGACGAGAUUGUCCAAGUCAUCACGGAUCGCUCAUCAAGGAUCACACUGCCUUGGUUGCCCGAGCCAGAAAAGAUGGAAGAAGCGAAAGAAACUUGUGGUACUGAAUCUGAAGAAAUGGAGACCAGAAUAACAUUUGAAUACCAACCAGCUAACAUUGGACAAAUUCAGCCAAAUCCUAACAGAAAGAGAAAGAAAAAGAAUAAAGGAAAUAAGAUGUGA